AUGGUGAGACAAGUAGUCCCAGAUGGAUUUGGAAGUGUCGAAUCCAACGGUAAGACGAGCUAUAUUUUCAGUGAGGGAGGUAUUGAGAAUGCUCACAAUUUGUUGAUCAACGUAUCAAAUUUGGCCUUUGAAACAAAGCGUGUAUUGUCUCUCAUAAACCCUGCCAACACCUACAUGGACCUAAAUAUAGGAAUUGCUUUAUGGCUGGCAGCUGGUGGGGAUGGGUUUUAUGAGGAAAAUAGCAAAUAUAAUGAUGAGAAUCGUCAAGGUGUUAAAUACAAGUCAAAGGCUAGGAUUGUCCUUGUUGGUUCAGGUGCAGAUGAGCAAUGUGCUGGCUAUGGUAGGCACAGAACAAAAUAUAGAAGUGGAAGUUGGCUGCGGCUGCAUGAGGAAAUGAAACUGGAUAUGCAAAGAAUAUGGAAAAGAAACCUUGGUAGAGAUGAUAGAUGCAUUGCUGACACUGGCAAGGAGGGAAGGUUUCCUUUCUUGGAUGAGGAUGUUAUACGAACUUUAUUGGGGAUUCCUCUCUGGGAGGUUACCAACCUUGAUCAACCAAGUGGAAUAGGAGAUACGAAGAUUCUGAGAGAGGUUGCGGAAUUGCUUGGUUUACAUGAAGCUGCUACUCUGCCUAAACGAGCUAUACAGUUUGGUACAAGAAUUGCAAGGGAAUCCAAUAGAAAGAAUUUCGGAAGUAACCGUGCUGCAAAUCAGGCAUCUGCGGGGAGUGUGGUGAUUCACAAGCAGUUGGACAUGGCUUAGUGGGAUUCUUUGAUGCAAGGCUAGCUAGAAGACGUGUUUACCUCUGAACUUGUAUUGUUGAUUUGUAGCUUUUGGUCAACUGCAGUCAUUGUCAUCUUGGAAAUGAAUGAUUUUGAAGGAAUUAGAACCAACAAUGUAUUGCACAUAUUCCAGUAACUAUGUCGACCUCACAGGUUCCAGUAAAUUGAAUACAUUGACAGGUUCUAGUGUUGCACAUAUUACUUUGAUUUACUGAAAUUGUAUAAUUUGUGGAACCAAAAGAUGACUUUAAUCCUUCCUGCCAUGGAACCA